AUGGUCUCCAAACGACUCUUAAGCAGUGCUAUCGCUGUAAUUUAUCGUCUAUGCGCUUUGGGAGUGAUUAUUGCCGCUUUCUUCGUCGGUUACAAAUACCUGCAUCCAGAAGAGUCAAUUGAUGUGAACAAAGUGUUAAAGUUAUUCAGAUAUCUCAAUUUCGCCACAUUGGUCGUAUUAUCCGUGUACUUCUUAGUCGCCGCACCACUACAAGCACUCAAACUGUUCACUAUUCAUAAAUAUCUUUAUACAAGUAUCUUUGCAUCCACCUGGACAAGUGCUGCAGUCUACUGGAUAACAUUUUUCACUUACAGAGAUGUGAUUACGGGAAUUGAAGAGUUGAAGAAUCUGCCAUUGUGGUAUAUGCAAAUCUGUUCAUCAUUUGGAGCAUUACUCAUCCUGGCCGAUUUAUUCGUAUGGAGACCACAGGCUGCAAAAUUAUUAAUCUCCCUCAUAGUCGCCUUCAUCCCAUUACUGGGCUACAAUAUCUUCAUGGAGGUUUCCAUCACAGUCUACAGUUUCAGCCCUUAUCCACAAUUAGACAAAAUUUCAACUGGUUACCGAUACCUUGUGUAUUCAAUCUCAUGGUGUUUAAUUGGCUUGUUCACUUUAUUCUGUUAUGGAUUACUUCGUUUUCUACCGAAUGGACAAAACAAGACUAACUGUUCCUCAGCAGCAAUGCCAUCCUCCUCCUCCUCAUCAUCAUCAUCAUCAACAUCCGUACACGGAAAGGCAGAUGAACAUCAACAGAAUGCGGAAGAAUCAGAACAACCAUAA